ACUUGGAAUGUGUUUGUCCUCUUCCGUAUCGGAAAAGAGGCUGAAGAGACGGUAUAUAGAGGAUCUUUGAUAUAAGUAAGAUCAAAAGGCUGCUUGCCAUAAAAACUACAAAACAACCUAUUUGUGGCAACAAAAGUCUGUCUCAUAAAGCUGUUCCAGAUACGUUGGGACUUAUUUUACUACCGGGAGUAUCUGCCAAUGAUGGAUACUCCGCUGGAAGCAAUACAUCCAUGGCUGGAAGACGAGACUCCUGCCGGAGCCUUAGCGGGCAUUGAGGGACUAGACCUCGGAGAGAAGUUGAAAUCCUCCGACGAAGCUAUCACGUUCAUGUCCAGCAUUGAGCCUGCAGAGCUGCUGAAGUGUGUGUUUCCAGACUCUCUGGUGACUGUGUCAGAGGGGGGCCGAGACCUGGGGCAGUUCAGUGUGACGGUGGAGUUUGCCCGUAGAGUCCAGAAGCCUUGUUUGCUGCUGCAUGCUCAGAGCCAGGGAGCCAUUGAUGACUCCCCCUGUGGAACUACAGUGACAGCCUACAUAACCACGGACCUGGAGGUGCUGGAGGAAGAUUACCACGAGUAUGUCAAGCUUAAGGGCCACAGUUUGGACAAGAGGUGUCACAUGGUGCAGCAUAACGGGCAGAUGGUGAUCGAUAAAGUUACCACUGUAGGAGAGGAGGCGGCGAAGGAGAGUGUUUCCUAUCCCAUGUCUGAACUAAGAGGGCUGGUUACAGAGGGGUCCAACUUUCUGCUGAUGCGCCUGAUCGCUCUCAGAAAGAAGGCGCCAGAACACAUGACCUUCCUCUCCUUCGACCAGGGAUUACACAUCAUCCACACCACUUUUAGCGAGCUGGGUCUUAAACAGCUGGAGGUUGGGGGUAAGACCAUGGAGGUAUUUGGGCUGGAGAGGAUUGUUCACUCUGUGGAGGACAGCCCCACUACUUGGCAAUGCUACUUCCUGGCUGAUGGGCACUUGGCCAGCAGAGUGCAGGUGGGAUCACCAAUCACCAUGAGGCUUCUGCAGCUGCCAUCACAGCCAGAAAAAGCAGGUUUUGAGACGAUCCCUCUGGUUUGGGAAGAAGACAUGCAGAUGCGCUCCAAGUUCUUGGACAGAAAGGAGGAGCUGAAGGCGGACCAUGCCUCAUACCUAAGACAGCAUCCAGAUAUCCGUGCCCUCAUAUCUGACUUCCUGCAGUUUUUGCUGCUGAGGAAACCAGAUGAUGUCUUCCAGGUUGCUAGGGAGUACUUCCUCCCUUUUGCCUCCCAUCCUCCAGAACCAAGCCUGAAAGCCCCAUCACUCUAAAAGCACACCUCAGGGCUCAUAUGCUAAAAGCAGCCUUUUUUAUUUAUUUAUAGCUUUCUGUUUAUUUAUCCUUUUAACUUGAGAUUAAAUCUUAAAAUUGCA